AACGCGAAUUGCGGUUUCUUAUCUUAUCAGUGUCCCCACGUGAUGGCCUGGGGGCCGAAAAUCACUGGGGAUGGUCGCGAUUGCACGCGCUGCUCAAGGCCCGCCUUCCAGGUUGUUUCAGUGGAGAGUUACCAGCCAGAACGACGCCAUUGCCAUUCAUUGUAGCAACUCUCUCAAGACCAUCCCAGACAACCAACACAACCUCAAGAUACAAUGGCGCCCGCACAACCUGAACUGAAGAAGUACCUCGACAAGAGGCUCUUCGUCCAACUCAACGGCAGCCGCAAGGUCAUUGGUGUUCUCCGUGGCUACGAUGUCUUCUUGAACAUUGUUUUGGACGAUGCUGUUGAGGAGAAGGAUGGUGGUGAGAAGGUCAAGCUUGGCAUGGUGACCAUCCGUGGUAACUCCGUUGUGAUGAUGGAGGCUCUCGAGAGAAUCGGCGGCGAUGAGAGGGGAGGACAGCGCGGCUAAUCAACAAUCAUCUUCUCGCAACACGAUAAAACGACCCUGCGCAUCUACAAACGCCUACAUCAAAAGGCGAGGCAUCGGAAUAAGCGGAUGGCAAUUGAAGGGAUUUGACUAUACACCAAGGCGAUUUAUAGUUUACGGCGUCAUCUACAGUGUUCCACGCGGUCUCGGACGGUGAAAAGGUAG